AGACUUGUAAUAAGAUUAAUGAGAUCAAGGAUCCGGAGAGCUCAACAUCUGAAUCCAGACGUAGAAAUCGAAUUGAGGUUGAGGAUAUUAAAUUUGAUGACGAGUAUUUUAUGGGUGAUUAUGCUUCUGAUGAGGAAAUUAAACGCGUCAUGAAUUAUAAAACUGUAUGGUGGAAACUUUUACGUAAAAUACAAGCUACCAAAGAAUCAAAGUCUUCAAUUGUUGACUUUUCGAAUG